CCUUUUUGUGGCCUCUAAAAUGUGUUUGUCUCGAGUUUAGUCGUCGCCACAUGACGGAGCGGAGCUGCCACUGAAAAUCUGCGAUCUACUCUGGCGAUCCAUAAUUCCCACACUUAUUUAGACACACUUAUAUAAUACCCGCUACAUCUUGCCACUGUCUUUUUUCACCGCCUUUUUCCCAACGAAACGCGCGUCAUCGUCACAUCCAAGCAACUGCCAAACGCCCACGCGUAAUACCAUAAUGCCCAGCAGGUCUCGCACACCAUCCCCAGCCACUGAAACCUCUUGCACCUUCUGUCUGUCCCCAGCUCCAAACGAGGGCCACCUACCCACGCUCUCCAGACCUAUCUUGGUGUCGGAUAAUCAGACUGCUCAAGAGAGGUCUACUUCAAAGAAUAGGAACAGGUCGACGUCCAGGACGAGAAAGCACCAGAACGAUGGUAUCGGGGGCAACCUGGUCGGGAGCAUGAAACGGGGUAUUCAGAUAGAUGAUGGGUCGAGAAAGACAACCAGAUUGGGAGUCCUUUUGACCGUUGCACUGAUGCUCUUUACCGUCCUUACCACCAUUUGGAUAUUACGCCUUAAUACUCAAGCACAAUCGGUGGGAGGUUGGAGUAGAAUCGUGGGAAGGUGGCAGAAAGCCUUUGGUGACCAGGUGGGACCUGUGAUGAAAAAAUGGUCGGAAAGGGAUGUUGAGUUCUAGCAGUUUGGAUGUUAUAUGGAUGGCGCCGGGAGCUAGAGGGAGAAAUCAAAAUCUUCAUACCUCACCCUAAGCUAGUGUUGUACACGAUUCAAUGUUACGUUGGCGACAAUGCAUCAAUGACUGUAC